AUGGCUACUUUGGGCAAGGCAACUGAAAAGAAAAAGAAAGCCAAUCGAAAAAAGACCUCUGUCAAUAUGUCGUUUGGUGGUAGCCCCGAGUAUACUCUUUGUACUCUAAUGUCUAAAAAGCAAGAAACUAAUGUCAUUGAUCUAACGGUACUGGCAGGAGAGGAAAUCAUUCUUGUCAAUAAAGGAUGGAGCCCUGUUCACUUGAUUGGGAAUUAUAUCUCCCAACCUGGUUUGACUGGAGAUGCAGAAGAAGAACAUAACACAGAAAAGACAGUAGACGCACUCUCGAUGGAUAGGCACAAAGAAAAAGCAGACUUGGAAGAAGCGACUCAGGAUAACAUGACUGAUGAUACUGACUUUGAUUCUGAACCUGAUAUCAGUGAAUUCGAUGAAUCUGUCACUGACACGGAAGACGAAGUUGAAAAUGCUCAAAUUCGAUCCAUGUAUAACUCGAUGAUCCCUUUUUUCCAAGACGAUGAUGUCCAAAUAAAUAGAUAUGCAAAAGAAAAAGGCGUAGCUUUAAGUGCUUCUGAUAGAAUAAAACGAGAUAGUAAAGCAACCAAAACUGUUGAAUCGCCUGAUAUUGUAUCGAGUAACUCAGAUGGGUACAUAUUGGAUGAUUCAGUAGUACUCGCAAUUAAAACAGCAUCAGUAGAGAUGAGCAACAAAGAUGGUGGUCAACAUAUGACUGGAGAUAAGCAUUUACUUUCUGCCAACGACAUCAUCAACAGUAAUCCAAAAGUCACAAAGAAGGCUAUGGAAGCACUUGAUCAUAAAGAUAUUACCGACAAUUCCAGCAACAAAGAAUCGACUGCUUCUUCGGGAGAUGACCAUAUUGAUCAUCCAUCUGAUAUUAACAGAGACAGUAUGUUUGAGAAUGAAAAAGCCAAAAGUGAGAUAAACAAAGAUAAAAUGCAGGACGAUCCUAUACCCACAAAUACAAAACAGAAUAUAGUUGGCAGUACGAACAAUGAUAAUGACACCAUCAUGCUGGAUAGCAAAAAAAGAGAAAUGCCACACUUGAAGCAGGACAUGAUGGAAGCAAACGAAAUGGCUACAACUGCAAAUGAUAAUGUGUCUUCUCAGGUGACCUCCAAGAAGCAUAAAAAGAAAGCUGGAUCUGACAAUUCGAAAGAAAAGAAUUUAAAUGUUACAACCAAAUCGAAAAAAGCAAUUAGCAAAAGUGGAAACCAGUCUGCUAAACAACAAAAGCGAAAGAAAGAAAAGCUAAAGAAACAAUUGCAGAAGGCCAUAGAACAAGGCAUUCCUAUUCGCGUUCCUUCUAUAGGUGAACCUGAAAGUGAACCGUUCUCUGUGAAAAAAAUGGAAGGUAAGCACAACAAGAAGAGUCAACAGAAGCAGAAAAACAGUAAAGCUGGCUCUUCGUCAAGCAUGCCGGAAGCCAAUAUGAACAAAUCGCCGCCGCCCAAGGAGGACAAAGAAGUUGGCACAAAAAAUACGCUCAAGACGGAGCAUAAUAAUGAGACUGUUACAUGCAAUAGUAAAAUGAGCGAUAGUGCGAGCAAUGAGUCUAAUAAGAGUAGAACAAAGAAUAAGGCAGCAGGGCAAAAAAGCAAAAAGGCUGCCAACAAGAUGAAUAGUGAUGAUGGUAAGGGGCUUCAGGUAGCCAAAGAGUCUUUAUUGCAAGAUCCUCAAACCAAGACAGAAGUAGUGACAAGUAAUGGCGUCCCUCAAGACAGUAAGGCGACGACUCCCCGCUCUACCAGCGAUGGCAAUAACGACAUACCAACCAUCACCAAUGCAGUAAAGGAUAAAAACACGAAAAAAGUGACAAAACCUAUGGCUGCAAGACCUUCCAGAACUGCAGCUAAUCGUGCUGUACAGAAAAUUCAGAAAAGUUAUGGAAACAAAUGGUGGCAACAAGAAGAGAAUCAGCAAUAA